UUACUUAAUUAAAGAGUGCCAAAGUGUUGAAGUGGACUGCUAAAUAAGCCGUUGUAAGUAAUAGUUUUAAGGCGACUCCAUUAUGAAGUAAUUUGGUAGUUACAAUUUCAUGUAAAACUAACAAACUUUUAUGGUACUUAAACUACUUCAAGUGAACGCAUUUCAUUGCAGAUUAGCAUCAAGCAAAAUGCAAGAUUCACAUAAGAUUUAGAAGCAUAUGAAGUAUAUCGGUAGCUUGCAUUGCGUACAAAAUGGACUUUCUGCUUUCCACGUUACAAUUGCGCCUAGAAAGGCUAACAGAAGCAUUAAAGGGAGCCACAGAGGCCCUUAACAGUAUUGAGACUGGCGUAGCAAGGGACAGGAUAAUUGCUGUGAAAAUUAAUGUUAAUAGUAGAUUGUUAUCGCUCACAACAGAUUUAAAUAGAUAUUUGUCUGGCGCGACGGACAUCAAAGAAGAUUUCUGCAAUGAAUGUCGAGAUAUGCAAGUAAAAGCGGAGGACACGCUUACCGAAUUAGAAAUUGCGAUAAAACUAUACUGCCAUGAGGGAGAAAACAAUCAUAGAACGCGUCUACCUAAAUUAGAGUUAGGGAAAUAUAAUGGUGACAUCCUAAAAUGGAACAGUUUUUGGGAUAAAUUCGCGGCUAAUGUUGAUAGUAAGGACAUUGCCAACGUUGAGAAGCUUUCAUACUUGCUAGCGUCAUUGGAGGGACCAGCCCUUCAAGCAGUUGAGGGUCUGGAAACUACUAACUUCAACUAUCCGAUUGCGGUAGACAUUCUCAAUAGCCGCUUUGGUAAACCUACGAAGGUCAUCGAUGCUCACAAUGAUGCUUUGCAAAAUCUGCCUGUAGCGAAGGAUUCACCUGAAGAUUGUAGGCGCACUCUGAACAUUAUAGAGAAGCACCUGAGGGUAUUAGAAGCUCUAGGGGAGAAAGUUGAUGCUAGUUACCUUAGAGUUAUUGUACUUAAUAAAUUUCCAUCAAGAGUGGUAUACCAAGUGUGGCUUAUGUCAACCGAUGAUUCCUUUGAUGCAGUCCGAAAGGCUUUGGAUGCCGUAAUAACAGCCAUGGAGAGUUCAGUUGUUACAAACAUGGAGAGUUCUGUGAUUCCGGUAAAAUCCAGUGACACAACGGAGAUGAGUACACCUGCUUCAACAGCAACACUGCAAAUUGGAGCUGUAAGGAAAAGGAAAUGGCAACAAAAGAGAGAGGCAAUUUCAGCUCAACCUAAUAGGAAACGCCCUAAGAGAAUGUGCAUAUUUUGCAAUGAAGAACAUUACAGCGAGGAUUGUACCAAAUUUAACACAUAUAAGGAGAGGAUUGGCAAGCUGAAAGAUAGGUGUUAUGUGUGCUUCCAAAUAGGACACCGUGCCUCUAAGUGCACAAGAAGGAGGAAAUGUGUACAUUGCUCUAGAAUGCAUAAUAGAGCACUUUGCCGACAGAAGGUGCAGAAGGACGGCAGUAACCCAAGUAAGGACAGCGGAGGGGAGAAGUCUGAGCGUUAGACUUUUACUUGAUUCUGGAAGUCAACGAACUUAUAUUACAAACAGAAUAGCAAAAUUAUUACGAAUUAAACCUGAUGGAGAAGAUUGUUUGAUGAUUUAUACAUUUGGAUCAGAAAAGCCUAGAGAAAUGUUUUGCCCAUAUGCAACAAUAACUGUAGUGAGUAAACGUAAUGUUGAAAGACUGAUUAGAGUGAAUAUAGUUCCAUACAUCACCGCAGAGGUACCCAUGGCUAAGGUAGAGUCACCAAUGAUAGACAUCUUGGCGGACGAUGCUUCUACUGGCGCAGGCAUCGAUUUGUUGAUUGGAAAUGAUUUAUACUUCUCAUUUAUCAGGAAGAGUGUUGAUUUGGGAAAUGAUACUUUCCUAGUUGAUUCUGAUUUUGGUUGGUUCCUCGCAGGAAGUGCUACUGACAACAAGGAAGGGGACACUCUAUCAGUGGCCACAUAUUGCCAGUGCCAUGAAAUUAAUCAAGACUAUUUUACAGAACCAGAUCUUCCUCUGCGUACCAUAGAUGUCAAAUUUUUAUGGUCACUUGAGAGCAUCGGGAUAUGUGAUUCUCCAAAAACUACAUGUGAGGAAGAAGCCGUUCAGCAUUUUAACGAGACUGUCAAAUACAGUGAAGGAAGGUACCAGGUCAAGUGGCCGUGGAUAGAGUAUCCUCCAAAAUUGCCUACUAAUUUUGGACUUGCCUUUGGAAGAUUAAAGGGUGUAUUACGAAGAUCAAAUAAAGAAGUCAUGACGGAGUAUGAGAAAAUUUUAAAGGAACAGCUUGAAGCUAACAUAAUAGAAGUCGUGGAUCCUACCAUUCCUGGUGACCAUCCAGUUCACUAUCUGCCCUUUCAUAUGGUUCAACAGAAGGAUAAAAAGGGUCGGCUAGUCUAUGAUGCUUCAGCUAAGCUAAAAAACGAGAAAAGCUUGAAUGAGUGCUUAUACAGAGGUCCGAACAUGCUGGAAGACCUUACAGGAUUGAUACUGAAAUUUAGAAUUGGGAAAAUUGCUAUCACCGCCGAUGUUGAAAAGGCUUUUCUUCAAGUUGGUCUACAAGAAGAGGACAAGGAUGUAACCAGGUUUCUCUGGGUCAAAGAUUUGAAUAAGGAACUGACUGAAGACAAUAUCAUGCAAUAUAGGUUCUGCAGAGUGCCUUUUGGAGUAAUAUCAAGCCCUUUUCUCUUAGCGGCAACAAUUCGAUAUCACAUUUCAAGGACUAACAAAAGUCUUCUUCCAGUGAUAGCAGAUAAAUGUUAUGUAGACAAUUUAGUGACGUCAGUUCAAUCGAGAGAAGAGGCUCUUAAUUUGUAUGCUCAAACAACAAACUCAUUUAAAGAAUUAGGAAUGAACAUACGAGACUGGAUGUCUAAUGACAAAGAUUUUGUAGACAAAAUUCCCAAGCAAAAGAGAGCUAAACAGGAAAGUGAAAUGAAGAUCCUCGGUUUGGUAUGGAAUUUGGAAAAUGACACUCUACGGCUCAAAAUGAAUAACGAAACCUUUGAGAGCGAGAUCACAGACAGAGGCAUUACAAAGAAAGGAGUCUUGAGAGUGCUGGCACGUCUGUAUGAUCCAUGCGGCUUUGUAUCACCGCUCAUGCUACCAGGAAAACUCUUGUUCCAGGAGAUUUGCACUAGAAAGUUUAAAUGGGAUGAGAUUCUGCCUGAAGACUUGUCGACAUCAUGGAGGAGCAUAAUUGAGAAUUUAAAAGCUGUUAAGAAUGUAGAACUGCCAAGACAUGUCGCAAGUGGAUCAAAGUCAGAAUGCACGAAGUAUGAACUACAUUGCUUCACUGACGCAUCUAUGAAUGCAUAUGCAGCAGUCGUUUAUCUGCGAGUCAUAGCUGAAAAGCAAGUAUCAACUUCUUUUCUCAUGUCAAAAUGUAGAGUAACACCAGCAGAAGACAAGAGUGAUCUCAAAAUUCCUAGACUUGAAUUGCUAGGGUAUCUGAUAGGAAGUAGACUUCUGAGGUAUGUUAAAAGCCACAUAGACCUAAAUAUAUGCAAGAUAUAUUUGUGGACGGAUAGUCAAGUUGUCAUAGCUUGGAUCAAAUCAAGUAGACUACUUCCACCAUUUGUAUCGAGACGAGUCAAUGAGAUCAAGCAAAUUAAGGACAGCUUAGGUGCAGAGCUGCGCUAUGUCAACUCAAAAGAAAACCCUGCAGACAUAGCUACCAGACCAGAAUUGUGGCAUCAUAAACAGGAUCUAUGGCUCCAUGGUCCAGAUUUUCUUCUAAAAGAGCAAAGUGAUUGGCCUAAGGAGCAGAGGAAGGAAGAAAUGUGCUUGGCCGGGAGGGCUCUGGACACGGUGGAUGGUCCAGAGAUGACAAUUAAAGGCUAUGAAGACCAAGAUAAUGAUCUUAACCUUUCUGAAAUGGAGGCUAUUCCUGCAGCCACUACACUUCAUGAAAGUUUGGAUUCUAUGCAAAACCCCUCAGAUGAAGAAAAGUGUGAAGAGACAGUGACUGAGAUAAAGAAGUUGCAAGAAAAAUUCUUUGCAGAAGAAGUUUCAGGAAAGGUGACUAGUUUGUCACGGAACUUAGGUAUCUUUGUAGACGAAGAUGGGAUCUUAAGAUGUAAAGGAAGAUUCGCAAAUGCUAAUUUAUCCUAUGAUAAGAGAUAUCCCAUUCUGAUUCCUAAGAAAUCACCCUUCACAACCCAGAUAAUACUUAAGACGCAUAGAGACAACUACCAUGUUGGGGUCCCACACACGCUAAGUAUAUUACGCGAAAAGUAUUGGAUCCCUCAUGGGCGAGCCCAAGUACAGAAAGCUCUGAAGAGAUGUUCGCAGUGUGAGAAGUAUUCUGGAGGUCCUUACAAACUGCCACCACCACCUGCACUACCCAGUGAAAGGGUUAAUUAUAGCUCUCCAUUUACCUUUACUGGAUUAGACUACCUGGGUCCAGUAUUAGUGGAAACAAAUACUGGCAGAGAAAAACGAUGGAUUUGUCUUAUGACAUGUCUAGCAGUUCGUGCUGUACAUUUGGAGUUGGUCAAGGCUUUGACGGCUGAGGAGUGCUUGCUAGCGAUACGCCGGUUCGUGGCGGCUAGAGGAUCACCUAAAGUAUUGAUAUCUGACAAUGCACUACAGUUCAAGCUAACAAGUGAAGUACUAAUCCAUUCAUACUGCCAGGAGAAACACAUCAAGUGGAAAUUCAUCACGCAGCUUGCACCCUGGCAAGGCGGCUUUUACGAAAGAUUAGUUGCACUGGUAAAGCAUUGUUUAAAGCGCACACUUGAUAAGCAUUUAUUAACAGACGGUCAAAUGCAUACAGUAGUAAAGGAGAUUGAGGCUGUAUUGAACACAAGACCUUUGACUGUAGUGGGUUCUGACCCAGAGGGAGUGCUACGACCAGCUGAUUUUCUGUCUCUAGGUCAGUGUCUAGAAAUAAACCCAGAACUUGGUGAGGGCACCUCACAAGGCACCAAUACUAAAGUCGACUUGGUUGAAGGCUGGAAGAGAGGUCAGAGGAUUCUUAACGAGUAUAAAGAGAUGUUCACCAAUCAGUACCUACCGAGUCUGCGGGAAAGAUUCAGCCAUUCUCAUAAACAACAGCGAGUGAUUUCAAAGAAGUCGCCUGAAGUCGGUGACAUUGUACAAAUUAAGAACGAUUCCAAAAAUAGAAUCAAUUGGAAGGUUGGUAGAAUCUCAAGUUUAAUCCGAAGCCGUGAUGGUGAAUGCCGAGCAGCCAAAGUGGUAGUUGGGAAUACAGAGUUUACGAGAUCCAUAGCCCAUCUGUAUCCGUUAGAGUCUGAGACAUACGGCCCAAUAGAUUAUGCACAACUACCAUUACAAGAAAACGAGAUGGCAGAGACACCAAAUGAGCACAUGGAGAUGGUUGAAACUAUGGAACCCAUAAGAGUAUCAGAAACGAUAGUGUCACCCGAGCCCGAGAUGGAAAUUGAUGAGCUAACAAUCCCUACUGAAUCGGUAACCGAGAAAGAAGUUUCUGUGUUAGAUUCUGAAAGUAGUCCUACGCAAACUGAGCAAGCUCCCGCUGCUGAUACAUACGAGGCAGAAGUGAGAGAGCCAAGAGUUAUGGAAGAACGGCCAGAGGAGGCGACAAGAGUAAGGCGGAACGCUGCCAUUUGGGCUAGAGAACGAAUAGCCGAAUGGACGCGUCAGCUAAUGACGCUACUUAUGUAAUUUUUUCGCCCUCGGGAGUGUCGCGGAGAUCGCGAAGUCUGUUAUUGUGGUAUGUAUCCUAUCUGUCACUCUUAGCGUACUUUUCACUGGUAACACUGGCGAUCGAGGUCGGCCAGUGUUAUAGGUGACGGUGG